AUGUCUGAAUUUGAAGCUGGAAUUUCAUAUGAAAAUAAGCGUCAUAAAGUUAAAUUUCCCUGGAAACCGCAUAUGAAAUCGUUGUUAGAAAAUAAUGAACAAGUGGAAAGGAAGAGAUUUAUGAAAUUAAGAUCAACUUUAAGAAAUGAUUCUACUUUAUUUAGUGAAUAUAGAUCAAUAAUAAAGAACUAUAUUUCCGAGAAUAUCAUUGAGCGUGUUCCAGUUGAAGAGGAGAAUUUGCAAAAAAACACAUUUUAUCUACCACUUAGAGCAGUGAUUCGUACUGAUAAGACUACAAGCAAAGUACGGAUUGUAUUUGAUGCAGGAUCAGAUGAUAAAGGACAGUUAAGUUUGAGUGAAUGUCUUCACACCGGUCUUAAUUUCAUACCAAACUUAUUUAGUCUUUUGAUCAAAUUCUGGAAAAACCUGAUUGCUUUCGUAGCAGAUAUUAAAAUGGCCUUUUUGAUGAUUGAAAUUAAUGAAUGUGAAAGAAACUUUACAAGAUUUUUCUGGGAUGAUGAUCCAGAAAAUUUACAUUUGGAAAACAAGGAGUUUGACGUGUUCCGAAUGUGCAGAGUUUUGUUUGGAGUGAAAUCUAGCUCUUUCCUACUAGCAGCUACAAUUAAACAUCAUCUGAAAAAAUACAUGGACACAUUUCCGUCGACUUACAAGCAUCUGAACCAGUCUCUUUAUGUGGAUGAUUUUUUUUGCGGAGAAGACAAUGUUCAACAAGCGUUGAAAACUUGUAAAGAAAGUGUGCAGAUUUUUAAAGAUGCUAGCGUAGACCUUCGAAAAUGGAGAAGAAACUCACCUGAACUUACCCAAGAUUUGAAGAAUUUGAAUUUUGAAGUUGAUGAGUCUUGA